CUAAAUUUCUAACCUAUUUUAAUGACGCUACGUUUCAACUGCGAAAUUUAGCAUUGUAUAAAAUUAGUAAAUUUAUCUGAUCUAGGAAAUUCAACGGUACCUUGCUAAACUAGACCUUUCAAAGCUAUCAAGAUGCUUCCAUUAUCGUUACUGCGGACCGCUCAAAACCAUCCAAUGCUCGUAGAACUUAAAAAUGGCGAGACGUACAACGGGCAUCUGGUUUCUUGCGAUAACUGGAUGAAUAUCAACUUAAGAGAAGUAAUUUGCACAUCACGAGACGGUGACAAGUUCUGGAGGAUGCCAGAGUGCUAUAUUCGCGGUUCUACUAUCAAAUACUUACGUAUUCCUGACGAAGUUAUUGAUAUGGUCAAGGAAGAGACGCAAGUGAAGUCCAGAGGCCUGCGCGAGGUCUCCAAAGGCCGAGGAGGCGGCAACAUGCGCUCAGCUCGCGGCGGCGCCCGCGGGGCCUUCGGAGCGCGUCGCCCCGCCCCGCCACCGACCCGGCAACCGAACCAGCAACCACGACCCAUGAAGAAGAAGUAGAUAAAAUCUAAACUAGUUUUCCAUGUUUCUUAAGUACGGAACAGAUUAGCUCUGACCUGGGGGCCUAGCCAAGAUGACAAUUGCUGAUAGAAAAAUACAUCAAUCAUUGAUAUGUACAGUCAGGAGCAG